CAGGCCCCGCCCCCGGCCAACCCGGAAGUGGGCGAGGCGGCUCCAAGAUGGCGUCUCCUCCUCAGGGGGGCCCCAUGGCCAUCGCGAUGCGGCUCCGCAACCAGCUCCAGGCCGUCUACAAGAUGGACCCGCUCCGCAACGAGGAGGAGGUGAGGGUGAAGAUGAAGGAGCUGAACGAGCACAUUGUCUGCUUCCUUUGCGCCGGAUACUUCAUCGAUGCCACGACCAUCACCGAAUGCCUGCACACCUUCUGCAAGAGCUGCAUCGUGAAGUACCUGCAGACCAGCAAGUACUGCCCCAUGUGCAGCACCAAGAUCCACGAGACGCAGCCCCUGCUCAACCUCAAGCUAGACCGCGUCAUGCAGGACAUCGUCUACAAGCUGGUGCCGGGCCUGCAGGAGAGCGAGGAGAAGAGGAUCCGUGAGUUCUACCAAUCCCGCGGCCUGGAGCGCGUCAGCCAACCCAGCAACGAAGACUCGGCCUCUGACCGCGUGGGCCUGCCCUACACCACCUUUGACCACUCGCGGGCCCAUUAUUACCGCUUCGACGAGCACGUCUUGCUGUGCCUGGAGAAACAGAGUUCCGGGAAAGAGAAGAACAAGCACAUCCUGCAGCACAAAUACGUUCGCUGCUCGGUACGGGCCCAGGUCCGCCACCUCCGCCGGGUUCUGUGCUGCCGAUUAGAGCUGCCGCUACAACACGUGCAGAUCCUCUUCAACAACGAGGUGCUCCCCGACCACAUGACCCUGAAGCAGCUCUGGCUUUCUCGCUGGUUUGGCAAGCCGGCGCCUCUGCUGCUCAACUACAGCGUGAAGGAGAAGAGGAGGUAGGGGGGCCGUCGGACGGGCUGCAGCCCCAGCAUCGCCCCCCCACCUGCCCCCCCGCCUGCCCUCCCUCCCGCCUUUUAACUUAAGCCCUGCCUUCUCUUCGAUACGAGUCUAUUUUUUGGAAUAAAAGAGCUGAAAAACCGCA